CUGUUUAAAUUGGGGGAAGUGUUGAGCGAACGCCAGAGCUUUUAUACUUCAGAGGUUUUGCCGUGUGCCAGUUAGAGUUGCAGCAAACACGGCGGAUAGAGUUUUGGCAGACGAGAGGGUGACGAUGCGCUCUCUGCUGCUGCUGUGUCAGAGUGCAGCCCUGCUGGGUGUGCUGUGGGCCUCCCACUCCACUCUCUUGGUGGAGGGCGACAAAAAUGCCUCCAGGAUCUGCAAACCCGCGCCGCGCUGGGAGAUAAAGGGCCGCUCGCCGGCGCAGGAGCUGCUCGGAAAUGUGGUGGUGGUGGCUCUGCUGAAGGCCAGCUGACACUUCUGUCUGGUUCAGGCGUCCCGUAUCGGACGCCUGCGCACCAAACUGAGGCGCAGCAACGUAACCGACGUGUCCUUCCUGAUCGUCAAUGAGCAAAAUGCCGUAUCCAGAGCCCUGUACUGGGAGCUGAAGAAAAGAGCUCCCACUGGUGUCCCAGUGUAUCAGCAGGACGCUAAUCAGACCGACGUGUGGGAGGUGCUGGACGGCGACAAAGACGACUUCCUGAUCUACGACAGGUGUGGCCUCCUCACUUUCCACGUCGUGCUGCCGUACAGUUUCAUGCACAACCCGUACGUGGAGGCCGCGAUCAGAGCCACCUACGUGGGAGACAUCUGCAACUGCUCUGCCAUUUCCACGAGGACUCCAGAUACCGUCCAGCCACCGGACGAAGGGGUCGACCCCACCGAGAAGACUCAGCCGAUCCCCCACCACUAUCACCAUCUUUCCAGCUUCUUCCAUCAUCAGCCCGCUCCUCGAAAUAAGACCCAGGACCAAGAUAGGCCCGUAAUAUUCCCAGCUCCGUAUCAUCCGCACCAUGCCCACCAGCACCCCCACCACAAGUAAACCAGUGUUCAUAGGUUUUCAGGGGGGGUUUUUUGUUCUUUUUUAGAAUUGAAGCCCAUUUUUAUUUUAUUUUUCUGAAACGUUUACACAUCCCGCUAUACAAUGUGCCAAACCUGCUUUAAAAAGUGCAGCUUGGUGCUUCUGUAUUUGGAAAAGAGUGGCCAGGACCCUCCGAGUUCUCCCAUUAAUGAAGUCCAGAGUGUAAAGCCUGCCUGCAGGGGGCUGUGGACGGAUGUCCAGGGGGAGAGAAAGGAGAGACUCUGACCGCUGCCGUAUCCAGACAGAAGCAAACGUCGAGGUGCAACGACGCUGCCUGGCUGGUCUCACUCAGUCAGAAUGUCUUUUUAAAGCUGAUUCGCCCCGAUUUGCUUUCUGCUUGAGAAGAUGUGAGGAUUACAAUGUUCAGAGAACAGGAAUAACAUCUUACACACAUGACUUAAUGACUUAUUUUAGAUGCUGUUUAUUGUGCACUUACAAUUUCCUCUUAGAAUCUCUCAUUAUAAAUUAAACUUAUUUUGUUUUUCUCCAGAUUAAGGCGGAACUACAUGGUAGAUUGAGUAAUUAGAAACUGUUGCUUCAUAACGUGAGCUGCAAUAACUCAAAAUGUCCUGUAAUAACGCAUUUCUGUGUAAUUAAUAAAAUAAAAACUCAGAAUCCAA